AUGGAUAUGUACCAAGAUCGUGCAGAUAUGAUAACUAUUUAUAUAGAAGAAGCGCAUGCCGCUGACGAAUGGCCAAUAGGUAGUCGAAUAUGUUAUGUACAACCGAAAACAGAUGUUGAUCGAAUUAAUAUAGCAAAUGAUUUUAUUCAAGCAACAGAAUAUCGUCUACCAUUACUAAUAGAUCCUGUAUCUCGAAAUAAUCCAUUUAGUCAAGUAUAUAAUCCAUGGCCAAUUCGAUUUUAUGUGAUAGAUGGAACGAUGAAGUUUAGUUACAUCGCUCAACCAAUCGAAGGUUCAUAUCCAUUGGAAUUGAUUAAGAAUGCACUCGAUCAAGUUCUUCAACAAUGUCAAUAA